UGACAUUUCACUCCCCCACUCUUUCUCUACAGAACCUCGACCAAGAAGAAGUAACAGACACAGAGAGAGAGAGAGAGAGAGAGAGAAAUUCAGAUUCUGCAAUUCGAAACCCUAAUUUUGAAGAAAUCGAUCGGUGGUCAUGGCUUCUUCCAAGGAUCGCGAGACCUUCGUCUACGUCGCCAAGCUUGCAGAGCAGGCUGAGCGAUACGAAGAGAUGGUGGAUUCGAUGAAGAAGGUUGCGAAUUUGGAUGUUGAACUGACUGUUGAAGAGAGGAAUUUGCUUUCUGUGGGUUAUAAGAAUGUGAUUGGUGCUCGCAGAGCGUCGUGGAGGAUUCUGUCUUCCAUUGAGCAGAAGGAAGAGACUAAAGGAAAUGAUGUAAAUGCGAAGCGGAUUAAGGAGUACAGGCAGAAGGUUGAGUCAGAGCUUGCGGACAUCUGUAAUGAUGUUAUGAGGGUGAUUGAUGAACACCUUAUACCUUCAGCUACUGCUGGUGAAUCGACUGUGUUUUACUAUAAGAUGAAAGGAGACUAUUAUCGUUAUCUUGCAGAAUUUAAGUCAGGCAAUGAGAAGAAGGAGGCUGCUGAUCAGUCAAUGAAAGCAUAUGAGUCUGCUACCACUGCAGCAGAGGCUGAAUUACCCCCCACUCAUCCCAUCCGUCUGGGCCUGGCUCUAAAUUUCUCAGUUUUCUAUUAUGAGAUCCUGAAUUCACCUGAAAGAGCCUGUCAUCUUGCAAAGCAAGCUUUUGAUGAAGCUAUUUCAGAGCUUGAUACCUUGAAUGAAGAGUCAUACAAAGAUAGCACCUUGAUCAUGCAACUUCUCAGGGACAACCUUACUCUAUGGACUUCUGACAUUCCAGAAGAGGGAGAAGAUUCCCUGAAAGCGAAUGGCACUGCCAAGGUUGGCGGAGGAGAGGAUGCGGAGUGAGGUUGAUGACUGAUGGCAACUCUCUUAAGAUUUGAUGCUUGUGUUUGAGAAUGAAACAUGAGGGUUAAUUACUCAUUUGUGUACUAGCUAGAGAUAGAGUUUCAUUGUUUCUUUUUUUCUUUUUGUUUCAUGUUGAUUGGGGUCAUACUUCCCGAUAGGGGAAAAAGAAAAACUCCUUCAUUUGUGUUAUAUUAUGGUGAUGUUUUUAUUGUGUGGUGUCUAAAAAUGACAUGUUGUCUAAGUUUUUCCUCCCCAUGGGGAUUGAUUUGAUGAGGAUUGCUCAUGAUGUAUUCCUAUUCCAAUGAAAUGCUGCAACUUAUAUGCAAUUGGAGAUUGUUAUUUGCGUAAUAA